AUGUCAACACGUGUAUGCUCCCGCUGUAUCACAUUGGGAGCUCCUAAAACGAGUCUUGAGGACUGCAAGUCCACUAGUGGUUUUGCUAUGUUUCUUGGAUCUAAUCUCGUCUCUUGGGUCUGUAAGAAUCAAAGAACUAUUGCUAGAUCUUCUACUGAGGAAGAAUACAAGGCUCUAUUAGAUGUCUGUGCUGAAGUAACAUGGAUAAUCUCUUUGCUACAUGAGAUUAAAGUGUCAGGUAUAUCUGUUCCAAAAUUAUGGUGUGAUAAUCUUGGUGCAACUUAUAUGGUUGCAAAAACCCCAUCUUCCAUGCUUGUAUCAAGAACCAAAAGAUUGAUAACUAUUGGUCCCAAGAAACCAGUAGAGGAGGAGGACGAGGGAGUGAUCGCCAAGAAACAGAAGGUGGUGGAUAAUCAUCAUCAAAACUGGAUGCAUAAGCGCCUAAGUACAAGUGAUGUCAACCUUUCAUCAAGGUUGUUGCUACCCAAAGAGGAAAUUACAAAAUACGUAUUGCCUCUCAUGGAUAUGGAGAGCUGUAAAGCUUGUCAAAACAGGAAUGGGCAUGUGAGCAUGUCUACCGAUAAUUCAUCUGUCCCGCAAAAUCCACACACUCUAAAUAGUGUGGUUGGUGAAAGCAAUGAAACUAUUAAUCAAUCACAUGAACAAUCUGAAGGAGUUGAAAGAGUAGAAUUACAUUCAGAUGAUCAUGACACACAACAAAAUGAAGAAACACACGAGCAAGAAUUUCAAACAAACAAGAGAAAAAAGACUUCAGGUGUGUGGAUUGAUUUUCAUAUGGUCGACAUAGAUGGAGUGCAGAAGGUACAAUGUAAUCAUUGUCAUCAUCAUUUCGCAUUAACUAAAUCGGGCACAACAACUAGCUACAAGAGGCAUCAAGACAAAUGCGUUAAGAGAAAGGCACAUUUGAAGGUCACCGAUCAACAAACAAAGUUAAAUUUUAUGCCUAGUGAUGGAGUUCCAUCCUCCCUUCCUCCAUUACAUCGUGGAAAUUUUAAUAUGGAAAGAAUGAGGGAGUGUGCUGCUAAUUGGAUCAUGAUGCAUGAACAUUCGUUUACUAUUUUGGAGGAAGCAGGAUUUAACCUAUUAAUGAAAGAAGGAUGGCCGGAGUGGAAAAAAAUUAGUAGAAAUACAUGCAAAGCAGAUUGUUUGCAGGUUUAUGAGAUUGAAAAGAAGAAGUUGAAGAACAAUCUUGAAAGUGUUAGUAAAGUAAGUUUGACAACAGAUUGUUGGAAGUCAAAAAAUCAGAAGAUUGAGUAUAUGGUUGUCACUGGACACUGGAUUGAUUCUUCUUGGAGGUUGCAAAAGAGAGUUUUAAACUUCAUUAACAUUCCACCACCGAGGGGAGGUCUUCAGCUUUCUGAUGCUAUAUUUGGAUGCAUGAAAGAGUGGGGAAUUGAAAAGAAAGUGUUUACAAUUACAGUUGAUAAUGCUUCAAGUAACGAUUCUGCUAUUAGGUACAUGAAGGAUACACUCCAAAGGUCAAGAAGUUUGGUAUGUGGGGGACGUUUGUUUCAUGUUCGUUGUUGUGCACACAUCUUGAACUUGUGUGUUCAAGAUGGAUUAGAUGAGAUUCAGAACAUCAUUAGUGAUGUUAGAAAUAGUGUGGAAUAUGUGAACCGGUCGGAAUCAAGGCGUAUACAAUUUGCUAACUGUGUGCAACAAUUGCAAUUGAAAGAUAGGAAAUUGAUUCGUGAUUGUAAAACUAGAUGGAACUCAACUUUUGAGAUGUUAAGUUGUGCACUCAAGUUCAAAGAAGCUUUCAAGAUGCUAAAAGAUCGUGAUCCUUUCUAUGAGAGUUGUCCAUUGGAAGAUGAUUGGGACAAGGUUGUCAAAGUUUGCUCAAUUUUAGAGACUUUCUGGACAGCUACUCACAUUAUUUCAGGUUCUGAGUAUCCUACUUCAAAUUUGUUUCUUCAAGAAGUUCAAAAAAUCAAAUCAACAUUGGAUAGUCAUGUAGAUGAUGAAGAUGACUUUAUUAAGGAUUUGGUUAAAAGAAUGAAGAAAAAGUUUGAUAAAUAUUGGGGUGAGUGCAAUUUGUUGAUGGCUAUAGGUGCUGUUUUUGAUCCAACAAAGAAAAUGCUUGCAGUUGAAUUCUGUUUCCCUAGACUUUAUUCUGAUAAGGAAGCUAAGGAGAAUAUAGCAAAAGUGAAGGAGAUCAUCAAUACUCUUUAUGAAGAGUAUGUUGCUGAAUCAAUGAACAAAGAUAAUCCUGAAAAUCUAAGUUCUUCUAACACUUUUAGAAGCCAAGUCAGCCGCCAAAAGUCUACAUAUGCUUGGGAAGAAUUUGAGGGAUUUUGUGCCCAAGUUGAAACUUCAGGGCCUAAAAACUCUGAGUUAGUAGACUAUCUAGAAAAAGCGCGUCUUAAGACUACUGAGGUUCCAAGCAACUUUUGUUCUUUAGAUUGGUGGAAGAUGCAUAGACUGCAGUAUCCAAUAUUGUCUCGAAUGGCAGCAGAUAUUUUAGCUAUACCUGUUAGCAGUGUGGCUUCAGAAGCAACAUUUAGUGCUGGGACAAGGGUAAUUGAUUCGUAUCGUGCAUCAUUGUUGCCUGAAACAGCCCAAGCUUUACUUUGUGGGGGUGAUUGGCUAAGACAUAUACAUGGAGUUACCAAAAACAAAGUAAGUUAA